AUCCCUCUUAUUAUGACGUCAUGCGUGGCAACGAAAUCAACAUCUUUUGCAUCCUGUCUGACCUGCAUGGUGCAUUGUAAGGUUGAACGGAAGCCGCGAGAAUAUUGAAAAAAGAGGACUUUCAGGAGAUAAAUUAGUUUGACAAGUUCAUUAACAAAACACAGACUGCAUUUUGAUCUAAAAAUGUCAUCUGGUUCAGCGCCUGUUGAAUGUUCCGUAAACUCCGGUAAGAGAGCAAGAAGAUUUAACCGGAAAUUAAAAUCCAGAGGAAAGAAACAUCAAAAUGGAGAGAAAAGUCGACAUGUUGAGGUCAAAGGAGGCUCGACUUUGACCUCGGUGACCUCCAAACCUGUGAUUUCCGCUGGUGAUACUGACUAUGUCAAUACCUUGAUGGCAGGAUUGCGACGUCUAGAGGGUGAUACCGAUUUGUGUGACGUAACAGUGAUUGUAGAGGAUAGAGAAUUUAGUUGUCACCUGAUGAUUCUCUAUACUUUCUCCAACUACUUCCGUAGUCAUCUUCAAUCCAGUACGAAAGAACAUCCCAAUCGUACGAUCAGACUGGACAUGGUCGAGGCUGAUACCAUGGAAACGGUCCUCCACUUCUUGUACACAGGCGAGGUCAAGGUCACCAAAGACACUGCGCGUGAUCUCCUGUUCACCGCAGCGUACCUCCGGAUCGCUUGUCUACAGAGAUUGUUGGAACAGAGACACGCGCAGUUUCUAGGGUCGGAGAACGUGUUGGACUAUUGGCAACUGACAGACCUAUACCCAGAUUACCACAUCCUCAAAAAGAAAUGCGAAAGGUUCGCCAUAUUGUGUUUCCAAACUCUCCUCGAAACCUCCAAGUUUGUCCAUCUUACACUGUCGAAACUUUCUAUUCUGGUCUUUAGUGAAAACCUCAACGUUUCAGAUGAAAAUAUUGUAUUUGACGCAGUGAUGAAAUGGAUUCUCCACGACUUCGCCGCCAGGAGAUGUCACGCCAGGAAGCUAGUGGACAGUAUACGCCUGCCUUUAAUUGAUGGAGCCAGAUACAAAAAGCUUAAGGCCACGUUCCCAGAUCUGUUUGUAGAACCGCUGAACGACUAUAUCCGUGAGGCCGAGAUGUUUCACGGGGAUUUCGGAGGCCAGAUGAGAUAUUCCUCCCCACGGACCGAGCUCAGACCAGGUGGUGCAACGGAAAAGGGGAUCAUCGUCAUAACGGGUUCGACAAGUCCCCGUGGGGUGGGGAUUGGCCUGCCCCCAACAGAAGCUAUGAAUGUGCCAUACAUUAGUGAGUAUGGUGAAGUAAAUCCUAGAGACCUUGGGAAACAUAUGAAAAUAUGGUGUUUCUCCUUCAUGACGAGGCGAUGGAAACAGCUGUGUAACUUGCCCGAGUACCCGGGUCGCCAGUUUGCGUCCUGUACACAUGGGCUGUACGACAUUUUCCUUUCGGGAGAGCGCGGUAUGUAUCGGUACUCUACCCGGGAAAAUACAUGGGUUGUUUGUGAACCCGUUCCGGGCCGAGGACGGAUGUCGCACGGGAUGGAGGCUAUCAAGGAUAGUCUCUAUAUCCUCGGAGGCAAAACAUGUAAUGGGUUUUCGGACUACGCCAGGCCUGUUGAGGUUUACAGUGUGCUCCACGAGAAGUGGGAGUCAACAUCCCUCUGCCAGAUCACGAUACCAGUGUCCGAUUUUUAUUCGGUGGCCGUCCGAAACAAAAUCUUUAUAUUCAGCGGGUUCACACAGGGAAUGUCUCACGAGCGUCACGUGACUCACGCGAUACAGUGUAUCGAUGUAAAUACUCGCACGUGCACGAUCGUGUGCCACACGGCAGUGCUUGGUCCCGUGGUCAGUCUUAACACAGAGAUCCACCAGGUGGCAGGUCGGAACCUGGUCAAGCAUUGGCCCGGCUGUCGGGCUUUCGUAAAAGCCGGAACGCUAGCGCUUGACUGUAGUAAUGCCCGCCUUGUCAGAGUCAGGUCGAAGAUUUUGAUUGUUGGCGCAACGCAAGGUACCAGUGAAUGUUUUAGUGACGUCAUCAUGGAGUUCGACUUCAACAAACGAGCCAAGAAACUGAAAACAUGGCGAGAAAAAAUACCGGAAGUAAGGGAGGAUAUGACGUGUCACGUCCUCCUCAUUCCCAACAUGUCGCUAACACUGUGAAUAUCACUAGAACCUACCGGAAUCAUUUCUCAAAUACGAUAUUUUAAUGGGUGAAAAUUGGUGAUUAUUUUUUCAUUAUAAUGUACACGGUUUUGACGAUCAUGAUAACAAAUCUAUUUUAAGGAAAAAUCAUGUUGACUGUAUGACAAAGAUAAAUAGACAUAUUAUGGCUAUUAUCAGUAUUUUCAGUAAUGUCCAUCAAUAACCUACUAUUUUUAACAAUAUACGUGUUUUUAUCGGUGUAUAUUUUUUCUCGAGU